AUGUCGGAGCCUCAUCGACUUAUUUCCAUCGGUCUCGACGAGCUGCAGGCCUUUCAAGAACUCUACAAACGCGAUUGGCCCACUUAUUGCGCUGAAUUCUACUGUUUGGAUAAUUUUAUACGCUUUCUGGUAGCUGAGCCAGAAAUUAAGAAUCUAAAGGCGUAUUCGCUCGCAGAGCACCGAUCUGAUGGUCUCUUUAUCUUUGUGGAUCGCUAUCAGUUGUUUGUGGGCAGCUUGAACAGCACAAAUGGAGGCGUGGCACGAGUGCUGCAGCUAUUGGAUUGGUCGAUGGGCUUCAAAUGCAGUUCCAUACCCACUCGACAUUAUGAUGCUCUAUCGAGAGUCGUAAGGGAGAAAUGUUUGGAAGUAGAAUACGAUGAUAUUACUAAGCUCUAUUUUAUGCCCGCAGCAAGGGCGCUGCAGAUGGAACUGAACGUGCCGAGUGGCUUUGUACUGCGAAGCUUGCGAGUCAAGGAUGCUGCGCUUAUUAAUGCAGAUUGGCCAAAUCGGCAUGAAGGAUCUUUAUAUUUUGUCAAACGUCAGAUUAAAAUGUGUGUAAAUGUGGGCCUGUAUGAGGAGAGCACACAGCGGCUUGUAGCCUGGUGCCUAAGAUUGCAGGGUGGCUAUUUGGGGGCACUUCAAGUGAGAAAUACACACAAGCGUCGCGGCUUUGGCAGCUUGGUAGCCACGGCUAUGGCAUUACGAAUAGCAGGUUUGAAGCAGGAUGUUAUGGCGCUGGUUAAUCCAGAAAAUAACCCAUCGUGUAGCAUGUUUGACAAGUUGGGAUUCCAGGUCAUUGAUCAUUGCCAUUGGCUAAGAACUCUGCCUGUUGCGGGGAACUUUAGUUGGCCAGAUGGCGAAUAAAUUCUCAUGAUUAACUCUUUAUUGUACGGAUUUCUAUAUAUACUUGUAGUAUGUGUGUAUACAAAUAUGGUCUAUAA